AUGGGCAGCGCGCGUCCAGCGAGCCGGUACAGCAUCGUGUCGUCGGAGGAGGAUGGGGGCGGGAUGAAGCUCUGCAGCGCCAGCGUGCCCAACGGGAACGGCAAGGUGCACACCCGCCCCCACGCCCACAGCCGCUUCGUCAAGAAGGACGGCCACUGCAACGUGCAGUUCGUCAACGUCAGCGAGAAGGGGCAGCGCUACCUGGCCGACAUCUUCACCACCUGCGUGGACGUGCGCUGGCGCUGGAUGCUGGUGCUCUUCAGUCUGGCCUUCCUGCUGUCCUGGCUCUUCUUCGGCUGUGUCUUCUGGCUGGUGGCCAUCUUCCACGGUGACCUGGAUGGCGGGGCGCCCAAGUGUGUCUCCAACGUCAGCAGCUUCACGGCGGCCUUCCUGUUCUCCGUGGAGACCCAGACCACCAUCGGCUACGGCUACCGCUACGUGACGGACGAGUGCCCGCUGGCCGUCUUCAUGGUGGUGUUCCAGAGCAUCAUGGGAUGCAUCAUCGACGCCUUCGUCAUCGGCGCCGUCAUGGCCAAGAUGGCCAAGCCCAAGAAGCGCAACGAGACGCUGGUGUUCAGCCGGCACGCCACCGUGGCCCUGCGCGACGGCAAGCUGUGCCUGAUGUGGCGGGUGGGGAACCUGCGGAGGAGCCACCUGGUGGAGGCCCACGUCCGGGCACAGCUGCUGCAGUCCCGCACCACCGCCGAGGGAGAAUUCAUCCCGCUCGACCAGGCCGACAUCGACGUGGGCUUCGACAGCGGCAUCGACCGCAUCUUCCUGGUGUCGCCCAUCACUGUGGUGCACCAGAUCGACGAGGACAGCCCCUUCUACCACAUGGGCAAGCAGGAGCUGGAGACGGCCGAGUUCGAGAUCGUGGUGAUCCUGGAGGGCAUGGUGGAGGCCACAGCGAUGACCACGCAGUGCCGCAGCUCCUACCUGGCGGGGGAGGUGCUCUGGGGCCACCGCUUCGAGCCCGUGCUCUUCGAGGAGAAGAACUACUACAAGGUGGACUACUCGCGCUUCCACAAGACCUACGAGGUGCCAGGAACCCCGCUGUGCAGCGCCAGGGACCUGGCUGAGAAGAAGUUCAUCAUGUCCUCAUCCAACUCCUUCUGCUACGAGAACGAGCUGGCACUGUCCCCGGUGAAGGACGAGGGCGAGGAAGAGGAGGGAGGGGGCGGGGCCAACACGGACACAGGCUCUGCCCACACGCUGGCCGCCGCCCCCUUAGAGCCCCGCCCCCUGCGGCGGGAGUCUGAAAUAUGACUGGGCAUGUGUCGCGAGGGGGCGGGACUGAAGGACCAAUGACGGACAGCCUCACUGAAUGGUACUGCUGUAAAAAGGGGCGGAGCUUUGAUCAAGGACUGGCUCUACAAGUGUUCUUAGGAAAGAGCAGACAGGACAGACAUGACUAUUUAUUAAUCCGAUGGUGUGCACCUGUUCAUCUGUCCAGGAGAACAACAGAAACUCUGUGGUUUUAGUAGCAAUACUUUUGUACCUUUUUUUAUUUUAUCGGCCUUAAUGGUUUCUAAAUGCUGCUAUAGAACACUAGAUUAUAUUGUUUUUGUUUUGUUUUACAGUUAAGGUAGAGAAGGAAAAAAUGUAUAAGCACUUACGUGGUGAAGUGCAUGGUCGCAAAGACACAUAUAAAUAUGUAUUUUUAGUUUUUCUGUCUAUUUCUGUCACAAACCAAAGACGUACUUGCUGUUUUGCACACGGCUGAGAUCUGGGGGGCCUACAGAGGGGGCGGAAUGUCCCUGAGGUGGCCUCCUGACCCCUGGGUACACACAGUGAAGGCACAUUAGCAUAGGUUGGCUGGGCUUGACCAGGAUUGGAUGGGAUUUGGGAUUUUUUUGGGAUAGGGUAGGUUGGAGUUUAACUGAGCUCAUCCAGGAUUGGCUGAGUUUGACUGGACUUAGUAUAGAUUGGCUAGGCUUUGGUAGGUCCUAUUGUGUCAAUACUGUAAAAUACAAACAUUAUUUAAAAAGGAGAGAGCAUCUAUGCAAGCAUGCCAUUAUGCAGUACAGCACAGUACAGCCUACAUACAUUCCCAUUUACCCAAACCCUACCCUCCUGCAGAACCCAAACCCUACCCUCCUACAGAACCCAAACCCUACCCUCCUGCAGAACCCAAACCCUACCCUCCUACAGAACCCAAACCCUACCCUCCUGCAGAACCCAAACCCUACCCUCCUACAGAACCCAAACCCUACCCUCCUACAGAACCCAAACCCUACCCUCCUGCAGAACCCAAACCCUACCCUCCUGCAGAACCCAAACCCUACCCUCCUACAGAACCCAAACCCUACCCUCCUGCAGAACCCAAACCCUACCCUCCUACAGAACCUAAACCCUACCCUCCUGCAGAACCCAAACCCUACCCUCCUGCAGAACCCAAACCCUACCCUCCUGCUGAACCGAGGAAGGUUCCUAUAGCAACAGUCAGCUCUGCUGGGGAGCUGGUCUCUUGGCUGAUGUUUUAAUGCGUAUUAUUAUUAUUAUUAUUAUUAUUAUUAUUAUUAUUGACAUGUUCUCUUGUGAAUUAAACAGGAUAUUGCUUCAUAAUGCUACCGCUACAUGCUACUUUUUAAAAUAAAGCUUGAACAUGUCUUCACAUGUCUUCACAGUACUUCUGAAAGAUCUUGCUCCUCCUCGUAAGAACAGAGUUCUGGGAGGGGUGAGGCAGGAUGGGGGAGGGGUGGGGCAUGUGAAUGAG